AGAAGGCGAAGGAGAAGAUGGGACGGAUUUGAGAGAAGACAGAGUUCUCUUAGGAGACGAGAUUGGAAAGCAGUGUGCCAUUUUGUUUUUUGGCUGGCUGUUUUUUCUGGUUUUGCUGGGAUACUUUGGAGCCUUGGGUAUGAGAAUUGCAGGGAGGUUUAUAGAGUGGGAGAACAGCUUGCGGGAGUUUCUGAUAGAAGAUAUAAGAUGGAUUCUUCUGCUGCCCUAUCUAUCAUCCAUAACUUGAGAGAUGGCUCACAUAGUAAUGGUUUGCCGGCUAAGCCGAUUGGGUUACUUCUGGUACGUGAUUGGGAAUUUAGGUUUAGCCAUGUGUUUAGAGAGUAGUUUUGCAACUGACUUCCUUGCUUGUAAGAAUCACUCUGUUAGUUUUCGCAUGCAUUCUUU